AACUAAAUCCCUAUUCCCUAUUCCCAAUUCCCUAACCCUCUCAGAUCUCAUGGCUUUUCCUUUUCCUCCCUUUCAUUAACCAUUAACCCAUCCCCUUUCAGGAAUCAGGAUUUAACCCUUUUUCCUUUUUUAUUUCUUUAAUUUUCCAAAUGGAAAAGGUGGCUCCGCCUCCGAUUCUCAUGCAGAGGAAGCGCGAUCUCUCCUACGCCGUCGUUCCGGGGAACCCCACCGACAACUGGAAGUGGGACUGGGACACCGUGCGUUUCGCGGGAAAGCCCCCGCCCAGCGACGCCGUUUUGGAGGAGGAGAGCGCGCCGCCGCCUCUGCAGCUGAAUCUGGGGAGGGCGAGCGGCGGGAACAAGAGGCUGCGCUCGGGGUCGCCCGGAACGGCGUCGUAUCCGAUGUGCCAGGUCGACAACUGCAGGGAGGAUCUCUCCAAGGCCAAGGACUAUCACCGGAGACACAAGGUCUGCGAGGCUCACAGCAAAGCCUCCAAGGCGCUUCUCGCCAACCAAAUGCAACGCUUCUGCCAGCAGUGCAGCAGGUUCCACCCCCUCUCCGAGUUCGACGAGGGCAAGCGCAGCUGUCGCCGGAGACUCGCCGGACACAACCGUCGCCGCAGGAAGACGCAGCCCGAGGAUGUUACCUCCGCCACUCCCGCGCCCGCCGCUGCCAAUUUCGAAAUCUUCAACCUGUUGACUGCCAUAGCUGGAGCGUCGCAGGGAAAGUUUGAGGAAACAAGGUCACAAGUUCCUGAUAGAGAGCAGCUUGUUCAGAUUCUCAAUAGGAUACCUUUGCCGGCUGAUCUUGCAACCAAGUUGCUGGAUGCUGGUAAUGUCAAUGGGAAAAAGGAUCAUGUGCAAUUGCAAACACCAUCAUCCUAUACUCGUCAUGACCAACUGAAUCACAUGCCUUCUGCUCCAUUAACUAUGGACUUGCUUGCUGUUCUUUCCACCACUCUGUCUGGGUCAGGCCCUGAUGCUACCACGUCGCCCUCUCAAAAUCGCAGCUGCACCAGUGAUGGUGGCAGUGACAAGUCUCGGACUAGUGCUGACCAGACAAGACAACAGCAGUUCUUUUCAGUUGGUGGAGAAAGAAGCAGUAGUAGUUCCCAGUCUCCAGUUGAAGAUUCAGACUGCCAGGAGGAUGUUCGAGUUAAUUUACCGCUGCAACUCUUUAGCUCCUCUCCGGAAGAUGACAGCCUGCCUAAACUAGCAUCUUCAAGAAAGUAUUUCUCAUCUGACAGUAGUAACCCUGCUGAAGAGAGGUCUCCAUCGUCCUCUCCUGUUGGGGAGAUGCAGUUUGAUUUGCAGGGUGGGGCUAUGAGUCUCAAGCCAGAGAGCAUCUCAUCUGGAAGAGGAGUUAAUGCAAAUAAGGAAAUUAGCCAAAGUCAUAGUUAUAAUAUCUCUCUUGAUCUCUUUAAAGGGUCAAAUAACAGGAUCCAACAACCUAGUUCACUUCAUAGUGUUCCUUUUCAAGCUGGGUAUACAUCUUCAGGCUCCGAUCAUUCACCUCCCAGUUUGAAUUCAGAUGCUCAGGAUCGUACUGGGAGAAUAAUGUUUAAACUAUUUGACAAGCAUCCCAGUCAUUUCCCAGGAACAUUGCGAACACAGAUUUACAAUUGGCUUUCUAAUAGGCCAUCGGACAUGGAGAGCUACAUAAGGCCUGGUUGCGUGGUCCUAUCAAUUUAUGCUUCAAUGUCUUCUGCUGCAUGGGAGAAACUUGAAGAAAACUUCCUUCAACACGUUCAUUCAUUAAUUCAAAAUCCAGAUUCCGAUUUAUGGAGAAAUGGAAGGUUUCUAGUUCAUUCUGGCAGUCAGAUGGCUUCACACAAAGAUGGGAAGAUACGCAUAUGCAAAUCAUGGAGAACAUGGAAAUCACCCGAGUUGAUAUCUGUGUCCCCUUUGGCAAUUGUUAGUGGACAAGAAACCUCUAUUUCAUUGAAGGGUAGAAACCUGUCAACUCCUGGCACAAAGAUUCAUUGCACAGGUACUGCCUCAUACACAUCGGCAGAAGUCAUGGAAUCUGCAUAUCCUGGUGUGAUGUAUGAUAAGAUAAAGUUGGGUGGUUUUAAAGUCCAGGAUGUAUCUCCUGGUGUUCUGGGUCGCUGUUUUAUUGAGGUUGAAAAUGGUUUCAAGGGUAAUAGUUUUCCAGUGAUAAUUGCUGAUGAGACCAUUUGCAAGGAGUUGAAACUACUCGAGUCCGAAUUUGAUGAGGAGGAAAAAAUAUGUGAUGCCAUUUCAGAGGAGCAUGAACAUCAAUUUGGAAGGCCCAGGUCAAGGGAGGAGGCUUUGCACUUUUUGAAUGAGCUUGGCUGGCUGUUCCAAAGAGAAAGGUUCUCAUAUGUGCAUGAGGUUCCAUAUUAUUCUCUUGACAGGUUCAAAUUUGUACUCACAUUUUCUGUGGAAAGAAACUGUUGCAUGUUAGUCAAAAACCUUCUGGAUGUGCUGGUUGAUAAACACUUGCAAGGGGACUGGUUAUCAACAGGAUCUGUGGAGAUGCUGAAUGCAAUCCAACUAUUAAAUAGAGCAGUGAAGGGAAAGUACAAAGGCAUGGUUGAUUUGCUCAUUCACUAUUCUAUACCGAGCAAAAAUGGUACAUCCAAGAAAUAUGUAUUUCCACCGAAUCUUGAGGGUCCUGGUGGUAUUACACCCUUGCACUUGGCAGCAUGCACAUCAGGUUCUGAGAGAAUAGUUGACUCUUUAACAAGUGACCCACAGGAGAUUGGGUUGAAGUGCUGGGAGUCCCUUGUGGAUACAAAUGGUCAGACUCCGCACGCAUACGCCAUGAUGAGGAAUAAUGACUCUUAUAAUGUGCAGGUUGCCCGUAAAGUUGCUGAAAGACGAAGGGGUGAAAUUUCGGUAACAAUUGAGAAUGAGAUAGAGCAAUCGUCACUGAGAGUGGAGCUUAAGAAAAAGCAAAGUAACCUAAUCAAACGAGGUCAAAGUUCUUGUGCCAGGUGUGCUGUUGCUGAAAUUCACUACAACAGAAGAGUUCCUGGUUCACAGGGUUUGCUUCACCGCCCCUUUAUUUAUUCAAUGCUAGCUGUUGCAGCUGUUUGUGUAUGUGUUUGUCUGUUCUUCCGAGGACGCCCUUUUGUGGGCUCAGUUGCUCCCUUCAGUUGGGAAAAUCUGGAUUAUGGCACAAUGUAAUGCUACUGGUUAAGGAAAUUUGGAUAUGGGGAAUGAAACGCAUAAACCAAGUGGGAAACCCAAUUGUUGCUUUUUCCCCUUUGGCAAAACUGCUUCUGUGGGAAAAUGGGGCAUUUUGUGAUAAGAGCCCAAUGUAAACAUAUCGUGUGGUGAUGUAGAGAUGUGGAGUGGAGAUGUUUGGCAGAUCCGGCAGAAACAAGAAAGUAGGGCUGCCAUGUGUAUAGAUUCUGACUUGAAUGCUACAUAUUUACUUUACUGCGAGUUUUAAGGAUAUGACAAGCUAUACGUGAAUGUUUGUUGAUUGGUGUUGGAAGUUCAAGAGUUAAGAAAUCUUCAACUCUUUUGGCCGGACAAACUUGACCUCUCAAUUUAAGUUGGAAUGAAAUGGUGACUUAUGGCCACAAGCUCAAACAAUUACGAAAGUAGUAAGCAUUCAGAAUAAAGAGAGCUGUGGUGAGGGUUAUUGUUGGUGAGGUCUAUGCUUCCUUCCCAAUGGUAAACCAGGAUAAGUUCCAUGCUUUAUUUUUCCAUUUAAUUCUGUUAUUUUAAGUUAAAAUUACAAUUCCAGGUAUUCCGAUGCAUAAGUUUCGGUACUGUAAAGUUUGAUUUGAGGCUACUGAUCAUAGGUCUGACCAUAUUAUAUGAUUAAAAAGUGUAAUAUAUUUUAUAUCUAAUUUAAUCCGCGUUUCAGAUUCA